AGAGGAUUUAUCGCCGUCCCGCUGGAUCUCAUGCGGGUGACAGGAACGACAUAAAAAGCGCGCGACCGCUGUGUCAGAAACCAUUCGUGCACAGCCACCGUUCAGUCGAAACGUUUGAAAUCUUCGGGGAUCUUUAGGAAGAGGAACGAUGCACUCGGUGGUUCUGACAGUAGCCGCCUUCGUCGUGGCCCUAGCGUCCGCGACGCUGGCCCAAUCCGACGGCCAGGUGGACAGGGACUGCGUCCAGCGUUUCCGAGUCUGCGAGCAGGAGUGCGUUGCCGAGGCCGAGACUUCCAAGGAGAUGGCGAAUUGCACGCGAGACUGCGAGAAGAAGAACAAAUGCAACCAGCCCAGCUGCCCUCAAGACUACGACGAUAGUAAGUGCCUGCUGCAGACGCCAUUCCUCAAGACCUGCUAUGUGGACGCUAUGUGCCCCGAGGGUAGUCGAUGCUGCGCGACUGGAGACGAAGCAUGCGAAUGGCGGUGCACUUGGCUCUUUUGAAAUCGCUCCCCCCCCCCCCUUCCCUUUGACUACGUGCCUCUCGCUUUCAGGGAGAGAAGAUAUAGCCGUUUCUUGCACGUCCUUG